GUCACGCGAAAUUUUAACCCUAGCCGGUCCCACCUACUGAGCUCGCAGCUAGCAAUAUGUCAACAGAUACUAGUAUUUUCAAAAAGGAGGACCAUGCCGCCAUUUACGUCAAAUGUCGCCCCGACUGGCCUCUGGAAAUUAUCCAGAAGAACCUGGCAUUUCUACGUGAAAAGAAACCAGAUCCCUUUAAACUCGCAGUUGAUGUAGGGUGUGGAUCAGGCCAGAAUACACGACCUUUGGCCCCAUAUUUUGAAAAGGUCAUCGGCGUUGACGUGAGCGAAGCACAGAUAAGAGCUGCACAAUCAGUGGAGAAUCCACCAAAUGUUGAAUAUAGAAAAGGUCAAGGGGAGAGCAUUCCAGUGCCCGACAGCUCCGUUGACUUAAUCACAUGUGCAGAAGCAGUGCAUUGGUUUGAUCUGGAGGCAUUUUUUCGUGAGGUAGACCGCAUACUCAAACCCUGCGGAUGCGUUGCAAUCUAUAUGUACCACAACAUACGUCCUUGCGUUGAAGGCGAUGAGGAAAAGAACAGACUAGUGACUGACAUGAUUUUUCAGUUUGACAGAGUAACUUUAGGACCGUACACCAGUCACUGUGCACGACAUCUUCAUAACAAUCUGGCAGAUAUCCACAUUCCUUAUGAAGAAACUCUCAGGGAUGAAUCAUUUGACAUGCGACUUGACACAACAAUGUCAUCUUACAUGGACUACAUCCGAUCUUGGUCUGGGUAUCAAGCAUACUCAGAGAAGAAUCCAAGUGGCCCUGAUAUCCUCAAGGAGUUACAGGAACGGUUGAUGGAGAUUUUAGGUUUUGAUUGUCCUGCAGAAGAUGCCAAGAUAAGUGCCAAAUCUCCUAUUGUCUUGCUUCUUGGAAGAAAACCACAAGAGGCACCUAUGUAGGUGGGCUUGUGUAUUAAUUCAAAACUCCUUAUUGAUAUGUCUUUGUCAAGGGUCUUCCUGGAGAAAAUUUGUUUACAAAACAUAUGACCAGUCUUUGUUUUUCUCUUUUCCAUUUCAGUUAGAAGAAUCUUUUGUAAAGAUACAUAAGUGAAAUCAUGUUGUUAUAUCUUUUAAUUAACUUCUUGAUUGGUCCGUAUGUGAAUUGAUAUUGCAAAUAUUUCUUUCACGCUAUUAGUAGUGAUUAUGACAUGUGCUAAUGUUCUCAUGAGCUUAGUGUGUUCUAUUUUAAUGUAAUUCACUGCUUUCAACAUCUUCCUGGAGUAGUGUUUUCCACUGCUGGCUGUGUAACCAGGGAGUAGCUCAGUAGAACUGUGACCCAGGGCCAGUUGCAGUCAGGAUUAUAGUCUCCAUGCUUCUCUCCUCUUCUUUAAUCUUUGAACAAAAGUACCUUGACAAAGAUGUAUCAAUGUCACUUCUUAUUUGAUAACAAAAGCCUACACAACUGUUUUUGAAUGGUGCAUGAGUAAUCAUGUCUUUUUAUCUGAUCUUAACUAACCAUUAAUAAUUGGUACUAUGGAACAGGUGUAUGUUGGUAAAAAUUAGUAACAAAAAUAACAUCAGAAUGUCGUUUUCAUACAGAGCUCGUUUAAAUUUCUUGCCUUUUUUCACUGCUUUUCAGCACAUUGAAACUGUUAAAUGCUGAAAUAACUUCUUUUGGUUUCGGUAGGACUGGUUAGAUACUUGAUACUCUGCUUUAUUGGUUUUAAAAGUUAAAUAGAAAGCACUUUGCUGGUUUUACUAUUUUCAACUCGUUAAUCAGAAUUUUAAAAUUUUCUUUUAUUUCAACGAUUGAAUUUGUUUAAAAGCGAGGUGAAACUUAGAUGCUAUACAGCCAUUGUAAAGCUUUCUUUCAUCUUUGGUUUGGUAAGUUAAAGUUUUCUUGGGACGUCUGAAAUGUGAUUGUGUAUUUGUGUUAAUUCAUGUUUAAAGGACCCAUGCAGUUUUGGGCCGAUGCAGAACCAAA